AUGCAGCCGACAGAGGACAUUCCUCAAAAACAACCCCAACUGUCAUCGACAGGCCAUCCUCUCCCCCGACGAGCUUUGGGAGAAAACUCCAUUACUCUGCGACACCACCAGCUAGCUCGCGAUGCCUCCUUGAAAGCCAGCCGCGGGUCGGCUCCGCCAAACCCAAGCAAUGGCGAACAUUCGUCAUCUCCCCGGCGAAAUUCGUCGGGCGAGAGCAACGAAACCGGCCAGAGCGACGCCAAUAAAUGGUUCGAUCAGUCAAACCAAAACCCUACAGCCACCUUUCACAGCAAUUCUAUGGAUGUCGAUCCACCCUUUUAUCAAAAAGAAUCAGAUUCGUCCAAUGAAGACAAGCCGUAUCAGUAUCCAACAGCCGUCCCUCCAGCGCUCAACACAGCUCGGAGCAGUAGCGCCGAUGAUUACCGAAGCGUGAUCGACGAUCUCACAGUCGAGAUCCAGAAAUUGAAGGAAGAGCUGAAGCGAUACAAACAGCAAGGCCCUGAUAUGCUUCGAAAAGAUAAGCUCUUCGAGAUUAAGAUACAUGGGUUACCGAAAAGGAAAAAGCGCGAACUGGAAGCGACGCUCCGAGACUUUACAGCAACUUUGGGCGACUCGCCGGAUACCUCUUCAUCGAAGCGCGCCAAAAAAUCGUCCAGGCAUGCUACUCGAGAUGGAAUGACUUCAGGCUCAGGCUCCAUGUCAUUAUCGAAACACGCCUCGUCUUCGUCCGGAUCUCACACGCGGCCAGUUGACUCGGCUUAUGCGUCUAUGUCGAUUGGUGCCGGCUCAUCUGGAACAUCGUUGAACAGACCACAGGGAGGCGCGCGAUUUAAGUCUAACGAGCAGAAGUCUAACGAGCAGAAAGUAGAGAAUUACUUACGCGACAUCCCGGAGGGGCUGUAUCCCCGUUCUCUGUCCAUGACGGAAAAAGAAAGGAAGAAACUUGUGGUCCGACGUCUUGAGCAGAUAUUCACAGGAAAACUUGCAGGCCGGCAUGCCCGCAAGAUUCCACCUGGUCAACCAGCACCUACAUCUACGUCGCAAGCCCCGUUAGGGCCACCAGGACUACACUCUCCCCUGCGGCCUUCCUCUGUUCAGCAGCCGAAACUAAAGCCAAGUCCAGUUGCCGGAUCUGAGUCCCUGCGGGAAGCCCGAAUCCUUCCUCAGGAACUCCAUCACGCAGGAAAGAAAAGCAGAUCUCAAGACAUAGGCUCCGCGUCCAACUCUAACGGAGAUCAGACGGAAUCAGGGGGUAAUGGCAAUGGCAAUGGUAGUGGCACAGGAUCAAAUCCGUCUCCGCCCAUGCAACCACCUCCUGAACAGCGACCCACAAGACCCAAAGACCUCGAUCCUGACCGCAUCCAAAUCCCAUCCGAAAACAUGGAAUACAUAAGACAUUUAGGCCUUGUCCCUCCAGAGCUAAUACCCGAUCCACCAUCAGAGAUUGACGUUCACCCCGAUGCCGAAGGGUGGGUUUACCUGAACCUUCUCUGCAAUAUGGCGCAGCUACACAUCAUGAACGUUACUCCAGACUUUGUCCGUAAUGCUGUCAUUGACCUCAGUGCCAAAUUCCAGCUGUCGCCAGAUGGCCGAAAAAUCAGAUGGCGCGGCGGCACAGACGGCACGAAAUUCAGUAGCGAGAGUUCGGGUGACAGUUCACAGCGAAGCCCUGAAACAGACGACACGGAGAACACCAAAGUAGGGCACCGUAAGAGGCAGAGAACAGGCCGCUCAACGGGAGAUUCUGGGAGCUCGGGCAAUCAACCAUCCAAAUUUGGGCCACUGUUGUCUGCGCCCUCUGAAAGUUUUCAUUACAAGCCCAUCUUCGUUAACCAGCAGUCUCCCAACGGUCAAUCGUCAAUGGAAGACGGUACUUUGUCGUCUUUUGGUCCCAUCGAAAGUAAUACGGAUUCGCGGUGGGGCCGAAGCGGUUCUGGCGCCUCUGGCCGUCGGAAACGUCUCCGGGACGGAGCCAUUAUCUAUUAUAGUGGUGCUCCGUUCUGUACCGAUUUAUCAGGCGACCCAGGCGAUAUCUCCCCUACAACAUACUUGUUAUCCAGUGAGAGAGGACAGACCGCCUCUCAGAAAACGUACUUUGCUCGACCAUUGCCCUUCCGAUCAGGAUCAGGAUCUUCUUUGGACAGACGACCGCUGAGCGACGCUGACCUCGGCCUGGGUGCCAUUUCUGAGAUGAGCACGGAUGAAGGGGCUAGCGUACCUGAGCUCUCGACUGACUCGGGUGAUGAAUCUAGCGAGUUCAAUAUGGAAUUUCCCUGGGGAGAUGAGCACCAAUCUCUCGAGAUUCAUCCGCUUGAGCCUUGCGGUCUUGGUGGCGUGCGACCAGAAGAUCACUUCAUGGUGGUAGUAACGACGCGGCGCUCAAAGCUCGAUGCUCACGGCGGCCAAUCAGGCGUGAAGCGGCGCAAGCUUUCCGAAGAAGUGACGGACAAUAUUAUCAAUCGGCUGGCUACGAUGUCAACGUCAUCGCCUCGUCCGCGUGCUCGUCAAUUGCCAUCACAAGGCGACGUUCCCAGGAUCAGCAUCGAAUACGUGUCCGGCCGCAUAAGACGCCUGGAGCCAGUACCGCUCCCUCCACCUGCCAUAUUCUUCCCGCCCUUUAGUAUAGACUCGUGGUCUGAAGACGAUUAUGGAUCCGAUGGAGACGACGAGCUUAAUUCUUCCGAAGAGUUUAUGAGUCGUCGAGCAAACCCGCAUCAAUCCGACGACUACCCCGACGGGGUGGACCUGAGCAGCGGCGAUGAGGACGGCGAAGAGCCUGACGAUGAUGUUGACAUGGCGGUUAUUGAGGACCCAGCCAGCGUUAUGGAUGGCAUUUCCCUGCAGGGUCCACGCCGAUCACAAGCUAGCACCGAGGUAGUUCCAGGGACUGUUCGUGGACGAAGCAAUAGCGCUAGUGCGGAGGUGUUGCUCCGCACUGGAGGCAGCUCUGCGGCGACCGCAGGAGACGACAUCGAGAGCGGGUACAACAGCAGCUCCGAAGGGAGUGGCUAA